UUCCUGCCGAGCAAUGAUCCAGUUCUUGUCUUUUACCAUCGCUCGUUGUAUCCAGAAAGGCGAUCACGAUAUGUCAGCUCGGAUGUCGCUCCCGAGCAGAUGGCGAGUAGAAAUUUUGUGGGACAUGGCUGUCUUGCUCAGCAGGCUGUUCGCACGUUGUUCGACACGGAGGCAAGUCGCGUCCAGUGACAAACGCGACCUUGGGUGGUCUUGACGCACCGUUGGACGUGCAACAGCGCAUACCCUUGCCAUUAUACUGUACCUCACCCUACCUGUCAUAGAUCACAAUGGCCACAGGAGACUUUGCCGACCGCCCCUUGCACAAGCUGUGCUUGUUCGACGUCGAUGGCACCCUUACCCCGGCUCGUCAAGGGGUAUCACCCGGGAUGCUCGAGGUCCUGAAGGAGGUUCGCAAAAAGGCGGUCAUCGGCUUCGUCGGCGGCUCGGACCUCGCCAAGAUCUCGGAGCAGCUUGUACCGGAUGGCAAAGGGAAAGUGGUCGAAAACUUCGACUAUGGUUUCGCCGAGAACGGGCUCACCGCUUACAAGCUUGGGAAGGCACUCCCUUCGAACUCCUUCAUCAAGCAGGUCGGCGAGGAACGGUACAAAAAGUUGGCCAACUUCAUUUUGCGCUACCUUGCGGAUGUGGAUAUUCCAGUCAAGCGCGGCACAUUCAUCGAGUUUCGAAAUGGGAUGAUCAAUGUCAGUCCCAUCGGGAGGAACGCUACGGUGCAAGAGCGAAACGAGUUUGAAACCUACGAUAAGGUACACGGCGUGCGCACCGCGAUGGUGAAAGUAUUGCAGGAGAACUUCGCCGACUACGGCCUUACGUACUCUAUCGGCGGGCAAAUAUCCUUUGACGUCUUCCCGCGCGGGUGGGAUAAGACCUAUGCUCUAGGCCUCGUCGCCGACGAACACUUCGACGAGAUUCACUUCUUCGGUGACAAGACAUACAAGGGCGGGAACGAUUAUGAGAUCUAUUCAGAUCCCCGCACGAUCGGCCAUUCGGUGACCAACCCCGCCGACACCAUGAGAAUCCUCAAGGAGCUCUUCUCUCUUUAACCAGCACUCUUCCGGAAGCCGGACCGGCGAUCAUCCGGUGUACAACCUGAAUUAGAACGCACAAGCAUUUCAAAGACUGUUUGGACAGUUUUGACUGUUGGCCCCUGACUGCUCAUAGACCUCCAACACAUGCGUAGUACUUGGAACGCCAUAGGCACCCACACCUAGGCACCCGAAUUCUACCGUGUAUGUGUA